AUGGCAAAUUUAGCUGCCGCCUCUAGCACUGGCUUGCUAGUAAAGAUAAAUCCAUCGACCAGAUCAUCGAUACUUCGUUUACAAGCUUCAACCUUCAUACUUGCCUCACAACCACAUCCAUCAAGACAACUUCACACCACCUCUAGACCAAGAGCUAAGAAUGAUGGCUUGCUUGGAAUCUCGAAUAGCCAACCUCCAACCACGUACUUCGCGCGACCGAGCUUACCAGCUAACACCAUUAUCCGCUUCGUCCCACAGCAGACAGCAUGGAUCGUAGAGCGAAUGGGGAAAUUCAACAGGAUACUGAAGCCAGGUCUCGCUAUCUUAUGGCCAUUUUUAGAUAAAAUUGCAUAUGUGAAAAGUUUAAAAGAGGCAGCAAUUGAAAUUCCAAGUCAAAGUGCCAUCACAGCUGAUAAUGUCACCUUGGAACUAGAUGGGGUCUUAUAUACCCGGGUCUUCGACGCCUACAAAGCCAGCUACGGUGUAGAAGAUGCUGAGUACGCUAUUUCUCAAUUAGCGCAAACUGCAAUGCGCUCCGAAAUUGGUCAAAUGAGCCUCGAUCACGUCUUAAAAGAGCGCGCAUCGCUCAAUACACACAUAACCGUUGCGAUUAAUGAAGCAGCCCAGGAUUGGGGUGUCGUAUGUCUACGCUACGAAAUUCGUGACAUUCAUGCACCCGAAGGUGUUGUAGAAGCUAUGCAUCGCCAAGUCACCGCAGAACGAAGCAAACGGGCCGAAAUUUUAGAAUCCGAGGGUCAAAGGCAGAGUGCAAUCAAUAUUGCCGAAGGACGGAAACAAAGUGUCAUACUUGCUUCAGAAGCUGUGAAAAGCGAACAGAUCAACAUGGCAAUUGGUGAAGCAGAAGCUAUUCUCAUGAAAGCUAAAGCUUCUGCGGCAGGUAUCGAUGUUAUGGCCGCUAGUAUCAAAGAAGGUGGUCCUUCAGCUCAAGGUGCAGUAAGCCUGAGCAUUGCUGAGAAAUAUGUUGAUGCAUUUGCUCAACUUGCCAAAAAAGGAACCGCAGUUGUGGUACCAGGGAACGUGGGGGAUAUGGGAAGUAUGAUAGCUAGUGCUAUGGCGGUCUACUCGAAAGUCGGUGAUUCUCACUCAAAUAUCAUGGCCUCUCAGUCCAAGGAAGAAUCAGAAAGCUUACCCCAAGCUACAGAAAGCUCACCAGGCGAGAUUAAGAAGAGCAUACUUGCAAGUUUCGAAAACGCUCGACAGAAGUGA